CUCUAUCUUACUUUUUGUCACUCUCCCGCCCUGGUUCAAUUCCCAAAAGUCUCAAUCGUAUCGAUUGAUCUUCGGAGUGACCGUGCGUGACCUCCACGUGCCGAAUCGGCCGGAUCCAACUACUUAGUAUCUGCUUCCGCCAGUCUGCGGCUACACUUGCAAUCAUUGUCCAACAGCCACAACCUACGUCGACCUAAGAUUACCCCAACAACAGGUCACUAUGGUUCUCUCACUCAAUUACCGGCGUCCAGUCUAUGUCACUACUUCCUCUCGCACCUCAUUCGAGUCGGAGAAGCCAACAGAGUCGAUUAUAUCAAACUCCAGCUCUACACAUGGCAUCCCUGAUGCUCUGUCGUUUGACAAGAUCAUCAAUGGCGGAACCUGCCCACCAGUGACUACUCGCGAGUUCAUGGACUUCCUCCGCUACAUUGAACACGACGCCGAGAAUCUCCAAUUCUUUCUGUGGUACCGUGACUACUGUCAACGAUUUGCCGAGCUACCAGAGAGCAAGCAAAAGUUGGCACCAGAGUGGACUCCAGAACAAGCUCUCGCGGAGAGGACCGCCACCGAAAAGGAGAAGCCAAAGAAGACUCCCGCCAGCGCCGCUGCUAUCCUGAAGGGAACCGAUUUCGACCCCAAUCUCAAGGUGACCGUGCCAGAUCCCUACGCACCAAACCCUUUCAAUACGCCUCCAAGAACACCAUCGGCCGCUGAUCACGACAGUGUGGCGCCGUCGACUAUAGGCUACAGCGAGGACGGUACCACCCUGCGAACUGGCACCACGGAUCACAGCAAGGUAGCGGAGACAGCAUUCGAGGACGCCGGUACACUGCAACCCUUUACUAUCCAGCCUUUCCGUGAGGAGAUCUCCCGCAUCAUCGCCGUCUAUAUUGCCGAAGGUGGAGCAAGAACGCUGAACCUCUCGGCAAAGGAAAAGGCGGUCCUCCUCAAGGCUCUUUCCAUCACCACCCACCCAACAGCUUUCCGCGAUGUCAUUGCCACGGUCGAAUGGUCAUUGCGGCGUCAAGCCCAUCCCAACUUCAUUCGAUGGACAAUUUGCAAUGGAAACCCGCCACGACAGACCUUCGCCCGCGGCCUUGGUAUUGCUGGCAUUGUGGCUGGCAUCGUGUACGAUAUUGUUAUCACUCUCAGUUCCGCCAACCGUGGUUGGAGAGCACUGGGAUUCCUUGGACUGUUCAUUGGUAUUGCUACGCUGUUCGCUGGUUGGAAGGGCAUGUGUGUUGUGCUGCACGGCAUGCAUCACCGACAUCUUCGUCCAUGGGAACUUUUUACCGACGACGACGAGGCUUCUUCAGACUACACUUUGGGAAAAGGUUCAUUCGACAGCUUGGGCUCUUUCAACAGCUAUGAAGACGCUCCCUGGGUGGUCAAGUACGAAAAGCGCAAUGUCAUCCGCAAAAUCUUCGACCGUGAAGUUUGGAUCAAGGAGCCUAUGCUGCGUCAAAUCCAGGAUACCAUCUUCCUCCAAGCCUGUGUUACUGCCUUUAUCAUCUCAGCAGUCAUUACUGCCAUCUUUCUAGCUGUACCACGCGGCAACUACUAUUGAUCAAGACUUGCCACAACGAGCUCGACGUCUUACAUCAAGCACAAGCCGCCACUGUCAUGCAAUCUCUAGCGGCGAAAAGAGAUACCCAUUUGCAAACAUAUUUAACGAGGCACAGUCGCGGGCGAAAUCCAACCAUAUCUUUAGGAUCAAAGUUAUACUGAAGGGCGGGUACCUGAGUAUUUGAUGACGAUAAGACCAAAGGCACGAUGCGAAAGAUAUAUCUGUCGGAAUCUCGUUGAGUAAUUAGUUCUUUCUGAUAGUGAGAUUCAGUGUCCAACAUUCCUGAGGUCCUAGUCAAUAUAUCUGAUUCGACGUCUCCAUAAUGUGUUCUCGAACAAUGAGUGAAUGAGUGACUCAAGACGAAGACGUCCUU